AUGCGCAUGCUGAGCCUGGUGGUGCGGAGACUGGGGGUGCUGAGUCUGGGGGUGCAGAGACUGCGGGUGCUGAGCUUGGGGGUGCUGCGACUGGGGGUGCUGGGCCUAGAGGAGCAAAGGGUGGGGGUUCUGAGACUGACCGUACUGCGCCUGUUGGCGCUCCCUCUUCACAGCAGCUGCAUGAGUGGUACUCCUAGAGGUACAGCCUCCGUCGUGGGGCUACUGGAGCUGGGGGGUCUACUGGAGUCGGGGCUGGUGGCCCUGCGGGUACCGCCAGCUGGAGGUCCUGGUGCUACUAGAGGUCCUGGAGCUGCUGUAGGUGCUGCUGGUGCUGGUGCUGCUGGAGGUGCUGCUGGUGCUGCUGGAGGUACUGGAGCUGCUGGAGGUGCUACUGGUGCUACUGGAGGUUCUGGAGCUGCUAGAGGUGCUGCUGGUGCUGGUUCAGCUGGAGGUUCUGGUGCUGUCUUUGCUGCUUCUAGGGGCACUUCAUGGCCGCGGCCGUACUUCGUUCCGCUCCUUCAGCAGGUUCUUGGUCAGCCGCCUCCUUCCAGUUCUCCUCCCUCCUUAGAGUGUCCUCUGCCUGUCCAAUCGCAGUCACAGCUACCGCGUGCCUCGCCACUUCCUGGUCCUUCUCCUUACAGCGGUCUGACAGGGGGUCUUACAGAGCGCCGUGAGCCUGAGUCUCGUCCUGUGUCGCCUAUGUCUCGUCAUGUGUCGCCUGUGUCUUGUCCUGUGUCAACUGUUCGUGCUGCUCGCACUGGUCGUCGUGUUCCGCGUGAGCGUCCUCCGCCUGUCCCUGGCACACACUAUAUGACUCUGCGUCCUUCCACUGCUCCACAGCGUGUCCCUCUGCCGUCUCCUCCUGCGUCCUCUCUUCCUGUUCUUGCUGACCCGGAGUCUGACUCUCUUCGUGCUGCCAGUCCUACUCGAGACCCGGAUGCUCCAGACAUCCCGACCCCGCGCUCUUACGCUGAGGCGAUCGCGGGUGAGUACUCCUCUCAGUGGCAGCCAGCCAUGGACGUAGAGAUGGCAUCGUGGAAGUCCACAAGCACUUACGUCGACGAGGUUCCCCCUCCUGGGGCGAACAUCGUUAGUGGCAUGUGGAUUUUCAGGGUGAAGCGGCCACCGGGUUCUCCUCCUGUCUUCAAAGCUUGUUACGUUGCUCGAGGCUUUAGUCACCGAGAGGGAGUAGACUUCUUUCAGACCUUCUCCCCCACCCCGAAGAUGAUCACUCUUCGGGUGCUACUAUAG